AUGGGGGAGGUUGUUUUUGAUAUGAAGAAUGCUUUUGUUGCUCGAGAUGAGCAGGGAAAUCCAUUUAUUAUUCUUAAAGAUCAGGGGAAAAAAAAGAGAUUGACUGGAAAUGAUGCAAUAAAAUCCCAUAUUUUGGCAGCAAAAACAGUAGCAAAUAUAUUAAAGUCGUCACUCGGACCGAGAGGAUUGGAUAAGAUUUUGAUAUCAUCAGAUGGUGAUAUUACGAUUACUAAUGAUGGUGCUACUAUUUUGAGUCAGAUGGAAGUAGAACAUCAAAUUGCAAAGCUUAUGGUUGAAUUAUCAAAAUCUCAAGAUGAGGAAAUUGGGGAUGGUACAACGGGUGUUGUUGUGCUUGCAGGAGCAUUGUUAGAAUAUGCAGAAGAAUUGAUUAAUAAAGGAAUUCAUCCGAUCAAAAUUGCUGAUGGUUACGAUCAGGCGUGUAAAAUUGCGGUUGAGCAUCUUGAUUCAAUUGCAGAUGUGGUUGAAUUUUCGAAAACAGAUACAACUAAUCUUUUUAGAGCCACGAAAACAUCUCUUGGAAGUAAAAUUGUAUCUAAGGCUCAUGAUAAGUUUUCUGAGAUUGCUGUUGAUGCAAUUCUUUCAGUAGCUGACUUAGAUCGAAAGGAUGUUAAUUUCGAGCUUAUAAAAAUUGAUGGAAAAGUAGGAGGUGCAUUAGAAGAUACGAUGUUGGUAAAAGGUGUUGUUAUUGAUAAGGAUAUGUCACAUCCACAAAUGCCACGUUCUAUAUGUGAUGCAAAGAUAGCUAUUCUUACAUGUGCAUUUGAACCACCUAAGCCAAAAACGAAACAUAAACUUGAUAUUACAAAUGUAGAAGAAUUUAAAAAACUUCAAAACUAUGAAAGAGAAAAAUUUGAGGAAAUGGUUAAGAAAAUUAAAGAUACUGGUGCGAAUCUUGUUAUUUGCCAGUGGGGUUUUGAUGAUGAAGCUAAUCAUCUUUUGCUUCAAAAUAAUCUGCCCGCUGUACGUUGGGUAGGAGGACCAGAAAUUGAGUUAAUUGCUGUUGCUACAAAUGGGCGAAUUGUUCCAAGAUUUGAAGAUUUGACCGCAGAAAAACUUGGUACGGCCGGUCUUGUACGAGAAUUAUCUUUCGGGACAACUCGAGAUAAAAUGUUAGUUAUUGAAGGUUGCGUAAAUACAAGAGCAGUUACUAUUUUUAUCCGAGGAAGCAAUAAAAUGAUUAUUGAUGAGGCUAAGCGUGCUAUUCAUGAUGCUCUUUGUGUUGUACGUAAUUUAGUGAAAGAUAAUCGAAUAGUUUAUGGGGGUGGUUCUGCUGAAAUUUCUUGUUCUAUUGCUGUUGCAAAUGCUGCAGAUAAAGCUCCCGGAAUUGAACAAUAUGCUAUGAGGGCCUUUGCAAAUGCUCUAGAUGUAAUUCCAAUGGCACUUGCGGAAAAUUCUGGCCUUUCGCCAAUUGAAACAUUAACAAAUAUUAAAUCAAAACAAAUAAAGUAUUCAAACCCUGCAUUAGGAAUUGAUUGUAUGCAAAAAAAUAAUGAUGAUAUGAAAGAACAAUAUAUUAUUGAUUCCUUAAUUAAUAAACGUCAACAAUUGUUAUUGGCUACACAACUUUGUAGAAUGGUACUCAAAGUGAAUGAUGUAAUUAUUUCAGGCUCUGAAAAUGAUUCACACAACUAA